UUGGUUUGCAUUUCGUCAACAAAUCGAUUGAUUGAGUGUUUGUUUGUUUGCGGAAAUGCCUAAAAAGUUGGGCACAAACACCAAAUCCGUUGAAGCGAAAGCCCGAAAGGAUGCCGUAAAACAGGCGAAGAUUGAGUCCGCGGAGAGACUCAAAGAGGACGCGCUCUGGAAGGACGACGACAAGCAUGUGGUCCGCAAACAGAGCCGGAAGGAGGACAAGGAGAAGAAGAAGCAGGAAGUGAUGGACAGGAAGGCUGAGAACAGAGCCGCUUAUGAACAGGAGAUGAGUUCACUGAAGAGCAAGAAGGCGGCUGAAGAGAAGGCCGCGAAAGUGAGUCGCUUUCAGAUCAACGAAACCAUUGAACGCCAGAAUCAGAGCAAACAGAAGGACACCAACAAAGUGGAGACAAUGGAAGAGCUGCCGAUCGAAGAGAAUGUGAACCGAUUAGUAGCCGAAGACAACGGCGCCAGAAGUGUUGAGGACGCCAUCGCUCUACUCAGUACAAACGAACCGGAAGUGGACAGACAUCCGGAGAAGCGACUGAAGGCGGCCUACACUGCAUUUGAAGCGCAAAAUUUGGACCGAAUUAAGAGCGAAAACCCGAACCUAAGACUCUCUCAACUGAAACAGAUUCUCAAAAAAGAUUGGAUGAAAUCGCCGGAUAAUCCUCUAAACCAGAGAAUUGCAAACUAUAACACCAAGAAUUGAAUGCAUAUCACAUGUAUUGAUGACUUUGUGGAUACGGUAUAUCUGACAGCGACUGAAAUGAAAUGGUAUUCAAUAUUCAGAUGGAGUUUCACAUGAAUUCCAAUUAAUAUAUUUUUUAUUUAAACAGAGAAAAUAUAAACAAAUAUUACCGUAAAUAUCUGUAAUUAAAGGG